CACAUGAGUAUUUUAUCAAGAGGUAAGGUCGUUUAAAGGAAUAUGGAAGUAGAAAGCGGAGGAGUUCCGGGAAAGUGAAGCGUCGCCGGCAAUGCAGUCGUCAGUCGGACACGACGCGCGCCUGAUCUGGAGGUUCGGUGGCGUGCGCUUGGACCAUUUCAACGGCACCGGGCGGCACAGGGACGGCAGUCGCCGUCGGGAUCGGUUCGACCGAAAUCACGGUCGCAUGACGACGUCCAGAGUCCAAGGCAGCCGCCUCGUCCCUCGCUGCCGCCGCCUCGCGGUAUCGCGCCGCCUCUUCCCGUUGCCGCCGCCUCGCGUCGCGGUCUCGCGCCUCCGAGGCCCGAUCCACGUGACGACGAUGAACUCGAUUCACGACAUCGGCAGUUCCCCACAUUGCUUGUCGUUGCAUGUUUAUAAAUCUGUUUGCCGCAGCGUCGAGGGCGGCCGGGCGCCUCUCGUGGUGCGCGCGUGGGCGCUCCAGCGGCCGCCCAUGCGCUGCCGCCGCCGACGGUUGCAGGUCGCGAAGUCGCACGACCGCCCGACAAAACGGGCACGGCGCCUCGUUCCGAGGCGGAUUGGUGGCCAGGACUUGCGUGAUGCACUGGCGGCAGAAGCUGUGGUUGCACGGCGUCGUGACCCGGUCGCUGUACGGCUCAAAGCAGAUGCCGCAUUCCCCCUCCGACUGCGGCCGCGCGCCCGUCGGUUGGGGCGGCGUUGCGUGGUCGGUACGAGAACUUGCAGGAGGCUGCGCACGGACCGUUGGCGGCGGCGCCACCUCGACGGGCGACGCCGUCUCGGCCGCGGCCCGCAGCCGGGCGUUCUCCGCGCGGCGAAGCAUCUCUGCGAUGGUCUCUGCCGGUUCCGGCGGCGCGGCGGCGGGAGACGACGCGGCGGCCGGCGGCACGGCGGCCGGCGGCGCCCGCCUAUGCGCUGCAGCCGCGUGGGGUCCCUCAGGAAUGAUCCGGCCUGGUGGUUGCAGGUCGCGGAGUCGCACGACCGCCCGGCAAAACGGGCACGGCGCCUCGUUCCGAGGCGGAUUGGUGGCCAGGACUCGCGUGAUGCACUCGCGGCAGAAGCUGUGGUUGCACGGCGUCGUAACCCGGUCGCUGUACGGCUGGAGGCAGAUGGAGCACUGGCGGGGCGAAGUAAGGGUAGGAGAACUUGUGGGAGGUUGACCGAGGACCGACGGCAGCGGCGCGACCUCGACGGGCGACGCCGUCUCGGCCCCCAGUGGUUCUCCGCGCCGGAUACGCGCGAGGUGCUCGGCCCACCAGGGUGCCGGCCGCGCGGCGGCGGCGGGAGACGACGCGGCGGCCGGCGGCGCCGGCCUAGGCGCUGCCGCCGUCUCUCCUCCUCCUGUACAUCCAAAACAAAUUGCGCUCAGCAAGAAAGUCCCUAUAAUUGGACCCCGGAGAGUACUUCGAAGCAACCACGUAAAAAUAAUGGCAACGUUCGCAGUGGCCAAGAGAAUCGCCGAGACCUUUCGUACGCUCUCCGGGAUGCACGGCGUCUGGCACACCAUUGUCCGACGUUCUACAAACUGCCGCACGCCCGGGGCGGCUCCUUCUUCGGUCGCGGAAGCCUCCCAGCAACAGGGCGUCUUCGGUCGCACGCCCUCUACUUUAUAAAUUGGAGCCACACAGCAGCAGCAAAAGCCGACGGCGGGCGUGUCGAGUUUGUCGCUCUCUACUUCCUCAACCCGAAACACACAGCAGCAGCACAAAGGGAGGCAGGCAAGGACAAGGGCGACGAGGAUCAUUGUAGUCAUCAUGGGAGAGUCAUCAUCAUCAUCAUCAUCAUGAGGCGAUUGGGAGGGUUGGUCAGUUGGACCGCUCACGGGCGUCGACUGAUCGCAAAUCAUCCAGUAGUGCCCAUGGUACGAGCUGUAGAAGCUCCCGUCGCAGCCGGCGGGUUCGACUUCGCACCAGUUGAAGGACGAACCGUCGCAGGCAGUUGCUGGGCAGCCCUCUUGGUUGGAGCAGAAGGUGUUGCUCCACGUUGCUUUGCACGAGCAGGCCUCUGCGGCAGCGCGCCCGAGGCAGCCCGCCAGCAGUGCCACUGUAGUGAAGGCCAUGCGGGGUUCGAAGCUUUAGGAGGACCAGCGGCGGAGCCCCAGCGACAUAUUCGCCGCCGGUCACCUUUUUACGGGCAGCAAGGCAGCCAAAUGCGCUUGCCUCGAUCUGCCACCAUUAAUGAUUCGCUCCACAGAGCGCGUGCCUCACUGCAUCGAUGAAUGGGCAGCCCUGGUGAACCUUGCGGCGCAGCCCGGCGCAGAUCUAGAUCUUGCUACCUACUGCGCACACGCUGGCGGAACCAUG